CUUAAAAUGUCGGCUGGGUGAAAUACGUUGAAUGUUAUCAUGAUAAAAUUGAUUUUCGUUGGUUAAGUUUACGCGCAAUUUCCACGCGGAUUGCCGGUCGAGGACGCGAAUAUAGUUGGAAUAAAAUAAGGAGUAACUCCGCCGGCCGAGACUCGUCUAUAAAUCGUAAAACACUGUGUGAGGAGGCCUUAUGUCAAGCCAGUCUAAUAUUGGGUGGAUAGCCGAAGAAGUAGCGCAGACGACAACGACGUGCCAAAAUGAAGAAACUCUUCUCAAAAAUCGAAACAAAGAUUGACAACACAGCCAAGGAGCCAAACAGCUAUGUCGGCAAAGUAUUUGUCGUCGGCCGUCACACCGUUACAGUCGAAGAUGUCCUCGCUGAAGGUGGCUUUGCUGUGGUAUUCUUGGUCAAAGCAUCGGGUGGGCGUUAUGCGCUCAAACGCAUGUAUGUCAAUAAUGAACAUGAUCUCAACGUAUGCAAAAGAGAGAUACAAAUUGCUAGCAAUCUCAGCGGUCAUAAAAAUAUUAUAGGAUAUGUGGAUAGCAGCAUCACUCACACUGGAGGUGGGGUUCAUGAACUCCUCCUUUUAAUGCCAUAUUGCAAAUCUCAUGUUCUUCAAAUGAUGAAUAACAGGCUACAAACUGGAUUCAGCGAAACUGAAGUCUUGCAGAUAUUUUGUGACGUGUGCGAAGCUGUCUCGCGUUUGCACCAUUGCCAGACGCCUAUUUUACACAGAGACCUUAAGGUAGAAAAUAUUUUGCUAGCAGAUUCUGGUCAUUACGUACUAUGUGAUUUUGGAUCUGCAACUGGAAAAGUAUUGAAUCCAAGUGUUCAAGGUGCUUCUAUAGUAGAAGAAGAAAUUAAAAAGUAUACAACUCUUAGUUAUAGAGCUCCAGAAAUGGUUGAUAUGUACUGCGGCAAGACCAUCACAACAAAAGCAGAUAUUUGGGCUCUAGGAUGUCUGUUAUAUAAAUUAUGCUUUUUCUCGUUACCUUUUGGCGAGAGUACGCUUGCUAUUCAAUCAGGAAACUUUACCAUACCAGAAAGUUCGAGAUAUAGCAAAGCACUUCAUUGCUUAAUUCGAUACAUGUUAGAACCCGAUCCUGAUCUGAGACCAGAUAUAUACCAAGUUUCGGUAGUUGCUUUCCAGUUACAAGGCAAGGACUGUCCAAUACAAAACCUUCACAAAGCUCCAACCCCGGUAAUAGAGUCUCUACCCUGUCCUCUUCUGGAAUCUGAAGCUAUCAAGCGUUCUUCGGUAAAAAUUCAAAAGCUUACACAAGUUACGAUGGUUGAAGGGACAUCGGUCGCACCGAGACAAAGGCCGAAAGGUCAGAGUGCAGCGGCUGGUCCCAUAAGUUUAAGUGGUCAAAUCAUAGGUCAGAUAUCGGGGCAGGGCAAUCAAUUACAAUCCCAAACUACGCUUGGAAAUUCAAUUCCCUAUACUUCUGUUAGUCAACAGAUCCCGCCCAUUAAUACUCCACAAGCUUAUCUUGGACAAAGCGUUCAAACAAACCCGCAACAGCCCUUACAGCUGUCUGCACAAUCAUCCUUUGUUCAGGUCAGUCCUCACAUCUCAUCCCCGAACCAAGCCAUCCCCUUUGGCCAAUCCCAGGCUCCCUCGCCGUUUGGCCAAUCUCAGAGUCCGAUGAUUAGCCAUUCUCCUCUCCCUCAUCAAUCCCCGGUUACUAUUCAGGAAAAGAACCCGUAUUAUUUCGAUUCAAGAACGACUACCUCAGCUGUUAAAGAAGAAAAUUUGGAUGCCUUAUUUCCCUCGUCUGGUUAUCCGGAUCCGUUUAAAGAUGACACUUGUGUGAUGAUGGCACCUGCAAAAAUCCCACCGCCUGUUGCUCCUAAGCCAGGUACAGUCAAAAUUGGGGCACCUUUGGUACCUCCAAAAUUAACGACUCCCACCAAUAUUGGCCCACCAAAACUAACAACACCGACACAGCUGCCAUCAAAAUUACUCACGGCAACGACAUCUACUAAGAUACCAUCCGCAGUCCCACCGCCAGUCUUGCCAAAGCCUGUUCCGAAAAUGGAGAGUCUAAGUCAAAGCAUCAGCUCAGCUGGAACCCCGCCAGAUAGUCCUACGCUAACAUCAUCUAGACAUCGAAGGAAUGUCAGUGAUACUAGCGCGUUUAAUAAAGUAUUUGCAAAUGAAACUUCUCAGUUUCUAGCACCGUACGAAGCCUCUGUUAAACCCCGAUCCGGAGGCUCUACACCUCCCGAUGUGUCAAUGGAUACAAAACCAGGCAUAGGCAUUAGUGCCUCUCACGUACGUAUUGGUGAACUUUCAAGCACAACUACCAGCACAGAUGGUAGAUCCUUAAGUGCUGAUGUAGCUGCAUGGAAUCCUUUUGAAGAUACGCAACCGUUCAAUCAACUUACUGAAGAUCAUAUUUUUGGGGCUGAAUUUGAUAAAAUUAGAAGAGGUAGCAAUAGUAGCAUCAGUGGUGUGAAGAGCCGUGAAAGCUUAGUUAUGACCUAUUCAGAGUUGCCUGAAGACCCCUUCGAAUCUGCUCCAUUUAGCUUACCCACAGGGAAGAAAAAUAAGCAUGGAGCUAAAGCAGCAGCUGUUGCAGGAGGAACAGGCGCUGAAGUAGCAGUAAAAGUGCCCAUCCCUCAUUGGAGUCCGGAUACUGAAUUGCCUAGGAUAGACGACGAAGUGUCCCUGUUGGCAGAAUCUAGUCCCGCUUCACCUCCAUUUGUUCGUGCUCCCAUUGAAGAUCGAUCAAAGUAUGAAAAGUUGGCAUUUAAUGCUGAUGAAAUAUCCUCGGAUAGUGAUGAGGAAGAUGGUCAGAGACCCGAAGAGAAAGCAAAAAAGAAGAGAAGGAGAGUUAAGGGUGUUUUAAAGCGGAGAAAAAAAGGAGCCCAUCAAGAUCCAAGCAAUCCUCCAGUUGAGUGUGAUUCUGAUGAUUCAAUUGGAUCGGCUAGUGAUUUGAAAGCAAUGAACGACGAAGAUGGACUGCAGGAUCUUGACGAUGAACGAGAGAAAGUAGAUGAAACAAUCUCUGAGAGCGUUAGAACUUGUGGAAGCUCUGCGUACCAUGCUGAGUGUGAAUCGGUAGCGACGCAUGAAGAAGAUCACAGAAUGCGGAAACCGAAGAAACAUCAUCGAGAACAACAGCUACCGAUAAUACAGGCAGACCCAGUUGUUGGGCAUCAAUAUGGAGAGAAACCCUUGUUACUGGACGACGAAUUAGAUCCAGAAGCAAAACCCGAGCAGUUGCAUGGGGAUCCAUUUGUCGGACAUCAGUAUGGGUCGAAACCUUUAUUAUUCAAUGAGGACUCUUCAUCAGAUGAUGUCGAAACGUCGCGAACACCUAAUAACGGGGCAUGGAAAGCCGAAGAAGAUGUUUUCGCGUUAGCGCCAUUUCCUAGAUCAGAUAGUUUUAGGAAAAGUAAUAGUAGUUACAAAAGUGCCCAAAAGAUCAUUGAACAAUCCAGCAAUACAAGUUCUUCUCGUAAUUCGAAUUUGGUAUCACCAAUAUCAAGCUCACCGAUAAUUGAAGGAGCUUUAGUCGACUUAGAUGAAACGAUGCAUGAAACAUUUGAAUACAAUCAGCACCCUCCAGCUCCCACAGCUGUUCCCGAGAAAAUACAGAGCAAUCACGAAAGUUUUGACUUCGCUGUUCCAAUACAGUCAGCAGUGGAUGAGGUAGAACUAAAGAAUAAAGAUCUGUUCGGGUCUUCACCAUUCAGUAGCGGCAGUUUUACAAAUCCGUUCAACAGUUUGACGAAUUAUACAGUUAGUGAUAAUUCUACAAAUAUGACUACAACAACACCUUUGAGGGAACCUCUGUACUCCAACUAUAUAAACUUUGCUCCGCAACCGUAUCAUCCGCCAAACGACUAUCAAGUAUCUCAAGCUGCUAUAGUUUCAACUUCGAAAUUUAGCACUGUGACUGUGCACUCAGCACCUAUAGACAGAAGCUCACCUAAAGAUUUAUUUGGAUCUGUCCCAUUCGACGAAGUUGCAUCGUUGAGCAUAAGCAAUCAACAACGACCAACAUCUUUACCUUUGUCACACUCACCAACAUUUGUUGACGACGCUCUGAGUACAAUUUUAUCAAAUACUGCGGUACCCACUCACUCAUCGGGCCGAUCAGAAACUGUAGAGCCGACCUAUACCAUACAACCGGUUUAUCAUACUUCGAGAAUUAUAGUUCAUCCAAUGAACAGUAUUCAUAUGCCUCAAUUUCCACCUGAAGUUAUGCCUCCGAUGUCGCCUGAACUGUUAGUUACCGAUACAUGUCCAAAGUUUAAAAAAGACAAAUCAAAAUACCACCUCAUCCAUGAAAACCUUACUGAAACAGCGAACGUUUUACCAGUUAAAACGCCACACAAAACUAAAAGUUCUAGUUCUAAAAAGACACCAAAAACGAAGAAGAAUUCUACAAGUACAGCUGGAUUUAGUAAUAUGAGCUUUGAGGAUUUCCCAAGUGACGAAAACGAAGAGAGAAGAACAGGGACAAGAGUGGCACCUUUUGAAGUAGUAAGAGAGCCGGAAAAAAGAUUUGGCUCUUUGAAGAGGCGGAGUAAUCCAUUUUCCUAAAAACACAAGUCUGUGCUGAAAGUAUCUAACGACAAGUCCAUAAACGUACACCAAGGUGAGCAGAGUAAAGCCUGUUCUUUGUACAUUUUUUAUUUAUUGUUUUCUUAUACACUUGCCUGGAGAUACGCUAUUCUUGCGAUAUUUUCCCUGUCGGCAGAACUAUUUAUUAUCUAUCUCAUAAUUACCUCUGAAUUACGACUCAGGGGUAUCACCGACUUCAAUUAAUCCAAUCUUGAAUCUGGGAUAAGAAUCGCAUAUUAUUCUUUCUUAACAAAGGAGAGUAAAUCAAAAGUACCCUCAGGCGUUUUGUUAUAAUGUUAUAAGACUUUCCUAUGUUCUUCUCCAGUAUAUAAAGAUUAUCAUAAUGAUUCAACUGGAAGGUCGUUAAAGACUUGAAUAAAACUAAAUUAACAUACAUUCCAUAAAACGCUUUCAUGUAUUAAAUCUUCUCAGCGCAAAUUACGGUUUGAGAAUUAUAUUCUCUGUAUAGAUCUACAUUUUUUUUAUGGCUGAAUGAACAUCCAAUGUGACGAAAAGAACCUGUUACUUAUUUAUUAUCACUAUAAAAUGUGAUAUUAUAUCUCCAUUAAGAAGAUCGAUUGAAUAUGAGGACAGCCUGUUCACUACUGAUGUUUAUAUCCAGACCAAUAGUCUUUGAGAUUAACUCGAAAAGCACAUGUUAUUUGUCAAAAAAUACAGUAUGAAUUUGUAUUCACAUACAGGUAUUUGAUUUUUAAGCUAUGUGAUCAUAUAUUUUCAAUCCAGUACUUUAUACUCCAGCUGCAAAAUUGUAUGAUGCUUAGAUGAAGCAAAUAUUUAUAGUUUCAACAAUCAUUCAAAUAUUAUUCAGGAAAUGAUUUGAUAACUGAAGAUAUACCAUAGAGAAGAAAGUAUGUUGUAACUACUUGAAUAUGUAGCAAGGUAUAAAUAUAUAUGUAUAAAAAUCAAUUAAUAUAAAUAAUCUGAAAAUAAGCAGCAUUAGUAAUAAAUCUUACUCAGUAGUUGGUAAAUAUAUCCAACGUUGCUAGAACGUUUAUACUUUCCAAUAAAACAAAAAAAUUCAUUAAAAAAAAUAUAUAUAAAUAAGUGGAAGAAAAAUAAUGUAUGAGUAGAAUGAAGAAAAGAAAAAACCAUUUAAUAUUGUAAAACUAGUUUUUCUUUUCAAGUCAAACCAGGUUGUACUUGGCAGCUUAAUACCAAAAAAUACAAGGAAAAAAACUACAAAAAAAAAACAAAAAAACAAGAAAAAACACGCACAUGUCUCUAUUUUUGCAGUUACACAUUUUCACUACAUUUCUACAUUCAAAGGAUAUUCGAACUGUACUUGUACGAUUACCAAUGUAAUUUGUAUGACGUAGAGACUUUUAUCAUCGAUUUACCACAUGUAUUACAGAUGCUAAUUUUUUGUGUGUCAUAAUCGUGCUCCGCGCAUUGAAUAUGCUCUCGUUACUUAUAGAAAAACUUCGACGCUGAUUAUAAAUUAAAAUCAGUGACAUACGAGUUGGCAACUAUUAUAUACUAAAAAAGGCUUAUAAACGAAAAAACUAUCUGGCAAUAUACCAAUCUGUAUUGGUAGGUGUGCAGUUCUCCAGAGGUGCAGCUAGUGCCUCGAAGUGAUUUAGUCUUUUUUUAGUGAUGUGAAGCUGCUCGUACUAGAAACAUAAGCAACAUUUAUUGAUCAUUAUAUUUUUUCCAUUAUGAGUUGAGUAUCGUUGUUUUAUAUAUUUCGGCUGUUGUAGAUUUUCAAAUAACCACAAUCACAGCAUUGCGUGAGACUGAUACUGGCAGUUCUUGAUUGUUAGAAAUUUUCUUAAAUGAUGCUGAAGCGUAAACAUUUCGUAUUUGUUAUUUGAUACCUAUCUAGUAAUUAUAAAUAGGAUUCUUAUGUUGCAUUUACUAAGUUGAAUACUUUCCUGCACUUAUAUCACACGUCUAUUCACCAAGUUGUUGAGCGUUGCACUAAGGUUUAUUUAAGUAUAAAAGUGAGACAAUACUAUAAACAAUAUUUAAAACAAAAAAUAAACAAAUUAAACGAUGUAUGUAAAAAUAUAUAUAUAUAUAUAAAUGUGUGUGUGUGUGU